CACAUAAAAAUGAAUAAAUUAUCACAACAAAAAUAAAAUAAAAUAAAAUCCCAUAACACAACAACCGCCAUUUUCUUUUCUCCAUCAUCACCUCACUCCAUUUCUCAGCCUCGAAGCUUCAAAAAGAAAAAAAAUCAAUAACUGCCACUUUUCCCAAGCUCAGGUUGUUUGAAAAACAAAAGAAAUGUCAUCAGCAGCGAUGAAAGGAAUAGUUAUAAGACCAACACCAGAUGUAUAUAAGCAGAGGCUAUGGGAAGGAAGCUAUUUGGAUGGAAAUCAUAGACUUGAUGUUUUUAAAGUUAAAAAACGUUCAUUUUUGGGGGUGAUGAAGCCAAGUUUUGGUAGUGUUGGAGUAAUUACCAGUCGUCAUAUGAUGCAAGAAUGUUAUUGCGGUUGUUGUUUGUUCCAUGGGAAUGGAAAGAACAUGUGGAGUUCAAGACAGAGGCGGCUCGACACUCGGGCUGAAGCCAUACUUUCCCCUCUCUCUGAUCCAACACCAACCAUGAAAAAGAGAGUAUUUACAUUUGGCAAAGGAAGGAGUGAAGGCCAUAAGGGCAUGAAGUCUCUGUUGGGUGGAAAAGGGGCAAACUUGGCAGAGAUGUCCAGCAUUGGGCUAUCAGUUCCACCUGGAAUUACCAUAUCAACAGAAGCAUGCCAGGAGUAUCAGCAGAAUGGGAGAAAGCUACCAGAAGACUUGUGGGAGGAGAUACUGGAAGGGUUGAAGAGCGUGGAAGAGGACAUGGGUGCCACCCUUGGUGACCCUGCCAAGCCACUGCUCCUCUCAGUUCGUUCCGGUGCCGCGAUUUCAAUGCCUGGUAUGAUGGACACUGUCCUUAACCUUGGACUGAAUGAUGAAGUGGUUGCUGGUUUGGCUGCAAAAAGUGGCGACCGUUUUGCUUAUGACUCUUACCGGCGUUUCCUUGAUAUGUUUGGAGAUGUUGUGAUGGGUAUCCCGCACUCAUUGUUUGAGGAAAAGUUAGAGACAAUGAAGGAAGCAAAAGGAGCUAAACUCGACACCGAUUUAACCGCAUCUGAUCUCAAAGAACUCGUCGAACUGUACAAGAAUGUUUACUUAGAAGCCAAGGGUGAAAGUUUUCCUUCAGAUCCAAAGAAGCAGUUGUUCUUGUCUAUUAAGGCAGUUUUUGAUUCCUGGGACAGCCCAAGGGCCAAUAAGUAUAGAAACAUCAAUCAGAUAACUGGUUUAAAGGGAACAGCAGUAAACAUUCAAACAAUGGUGUUUGGUAACAUGGGAAAUACUUCAGGGACUGGGGUUUUAUUCACUAGAAAUCCAAGCACUGGUGAAAAUAAGCUGUAUGGGGAGUUCCUUGUAAACGCUCAGGGUGAGGAUGUUGUUGCUGGAAUUAGAACACCAGAAGAUCUGGACACCAUGAAAAGCUACAUGCCUGAAGCAUACAAAGAGCUUGUUGAGAACUGUGAGAUUCUUGAGCGACAUUACAAAGAUAUGAUGGACAUAGAAUUCACAGUUCAAGAAAAUAGAUUAUGGAUGCUGCAAUGUCGAUCUGGAAAGCGUACCGGUAAAGGUGCAAUAAAGAUUGCUGUAGACAUGGUUAAUGAAGGGCUUGUUGAUAAACGUGCUGCAGUUAAGAUGGUGGAACCACAACAUCUAGACCAACUUCUUCAUCCACAGUUUGAGAACCCAUCUGCUUACAAAGACAAUGUGGUCACCACGGGCUUACCUGCUUCUCCUGGAGCAGCAGUUGGGCAGAUCGUGUUCACGGCAGAUGAUGCUGAAGAGUGGCAUGCCCAAGGAAAGAGUGUUAUCUUGGUAAGGACUGAAACCAGUCCAGAGGAUGUAGGAGGUAUGCAUGCGGCUGCAGGAAUUUUGACAGCUAGGGGUGGAAUGACAUCUCAUGCAGCAGUUGUAGCACGUGGAUGGGGAAAGUGUUGCGUUUCUGGCUGUUCAGAUAUUAUUGUGAAUGAUGCUGAGAAGGUUCUCAUAGUUGGAGACGUAGUAAUCCAAGAAGGAGAAUGGCUUUCACUCAAUGGCUCUACUGGUGAAGUGAUUCUCGGGAAACAACCACUUUCUCCUCCAGCAUUAAGUGGUGAUCUAGAAACCUUCAUGUCUUGGGCUGAUCAAGUUAGGCGCCUUAAGGUAAUGGCAAAUGCUGACACACCUGAAGAUGCAUUAACAGCCAGAAAUAAUGGAGCCCAAGGGAUCGGCCUUUGCAGGACAGAACACAUGUUCUUUGCUUCAGAUGAGAGAAUAAAAGCUGUCAGAAAGAUGAUAAUGGCAGUAGCACCUGAACAAAGGAAAGCAGCUCUUGACCUCUUACUUCCUUAUCAGAGAUCAGAUUUUGAGGGAAUUUUCCGAGCAAUGGAUGGCCUUCCUGUAACAAUCCGAUUGUUAGAUCCUCCACUUCAUGAGUUUCUUCCAGAGGGAGACUUAGAACAGAUUGUAGGUGAAUUAACUUCAGAGACUGGCACAACUGAAGAUGAAGUUUUCUCAAGAAUUGAAAAGUUAUCAGAAGUGAAUCCCAUGCUUGGUUUCCGUGGCUGCAGGCUGGGAAUAUCGUAUCCUGAACUAACUGAGAUGCAGACCCGUGCCAUCUUUCAAGCUGCUGUCUCAAUGAGCAACCAAGGGGUUAAAGUUCUUCCUGAGAUAAUGGUUCCCCUUGUUGGAACCCCCCAGGAACUUGGUCAUCAAGUCAGUUUAAUACGGAGUACUGCAAAGAAAGUAUUCUCUGAGAUGGGUUCUUCCUUAAGCUACAAGGUGGGAACAAUGAUUGAAAUACCCAGAGCUGCCUUAGUUGCUGAUGAGAUUGCAAAGGAAGCAGAAUUCUUCUCCUUUGGGACUAACGAUCUUACACAAAUGACAUUUGGGUAUAGUCGAGAUGAUGUUGGCAAAUUUCUCCCCAUAUACUUGUCCAAAGGCAUUCUACAAAAUGACCCAUUUGAGGUACUUGAUCAGAAAGGUGUAGGCCAACUCAUCAAAAUCGCCACCGAAAAGGGUCGCCAAGCUAGGCCUAGUUUGAAGGUUGGAAUUUGUGGAGAGCAUGGAGGGGAACCUUCUUCUGUAGCAUUCUUUGCAGAAGCUGGAUUGGACUACGUUUCAUGUUCGCCAUUCAGGGUUCCAAUUGCAAGGCUAGCAGCAGCUCAAGUUGCUAUCUGAAAGGGAUCUACUCCAUUUGCUUCUGUAACUCAUGUGCCCUUGGUAAAAUGUGAAUAAAUUUCAUACAAAAUACCUUAUAGAAUAAGCAGAAUGCUGUCAUAUAUAAAGCCUACAAAGGAAAAAACAACCAUCAACAUUAAUUAUACAAAGUGUAAAUAUUGAAUAAGGACAAGCUCUUCAUAUAUGGUGAAGAUAGAAUUUGAGACUUCGAUUA